AAUGGAAUGAAAAAGUCAACCAAAAGAAGCAACGCCGUUAAAGAGGAAAUCAUACAAAGUAGAUUAGAAUAUUUAUGGAACGCUGCUUUGAGCUAUGGGACCACUAUACCGGGUAUUUCACGUUAUUAUGUGGCCAUCAUGUGGGAGAUGGGAAAAAGACUCAAUUACCGACUAGAUAGUCAUACUGUAAAGCGUUACUUUUGUAAAAAGUGUUAUACAAUAUGGAUACCUGGAAAAACAGUUCAAAUACGUCAAACAAGGCAUAAAAAGAGAAGACGGGUGAUUUACACUUGUUUGUUUUGUGAACGGUGUAAGAGAUAUGGAUUUUCUCCGAGUACAAGUCAAUAAAGGUGGUAAAGUUUUCUUUAUGUA